AUGGACAGCAAAUUACAUGUCGAUGUUCCCGGCUACGGCGUCUAUAGUUUUUCUCGCGAUCCUGCUUGUCGCUGCGCCAUCCAGUUGGAGAGCCUUGGCUCACUUGAUUCGCUUGAGAUCAUCACGGAGCACGACAACGACAUGGUGUGCCGAGCCACAUGGACCGGACAGUCAACCAGCAACGAAUCCAGUAGCCUCCCCUCAUCCGUGGUCUUGAAACUCGUCUUCUGCGAACCCAACUCUGCGUUCGACAUCGAGCUCGAAGCUGAGAUGUACGCUCACGCUUCUGGAAUCCAGGGCACCGUUAUUCCCCGGUGCUUCGGGCUUUUCAGUGGAUCGGCUGUCGACGACGACGACGACACGGCUAAACUGCUCCUGCUGGAGGACUGCGGCGAUCCUAUGAGGGAUCCAGACGGCUCAAUAACCAACGCCGAUGGUUUCUACUUGCCGGAUUCCAAGAAAAUUAUUAGCCAGAUUCUUUUGCUGCACCACGACGGUGGCAUAUUGCAUGGGAAUCUCGAGGCCAAAAAUAUUGUCUGGAAGAACGGCAAGCCGGUCAUCGUAGACCUCUCGCAGGCUUCGUUUCAUAAAUGCUUGCAGAAAAUGAGCGUAACUCCGUUGACGCUGGCGCCCAAAUUUACUGAAUUCGGGUGCGGCGAAAUCCACACCGCGUGUAUCAAAUACGGCGUCUGGUUCCGUGCUCGCAUGCCGAAGAUGUUCUGGAACCCAUUAGACGUCAUGGAUAUCGCAUAG